CAAACACGUGACGCACUUUGCGUAGUGGCCGCCGAGAAUACAGACUCUCUGCAGAGGACGUCGGUGUGCGUCCUCCUCGUCCACAUAAACAUUGAGAAAUAUCCAGCGGUGGCCUCGGGUUUCCUGCAGGAGACGAUGUCCUUCUACCUCCUCCUCACUGCACUUGUAACCCUUCCUCUGGCUUUGGGUUGGGACUUAUUAGGUGAAAGAGAAAAAGUCCAGACGGUGUGCAUCGGGAAGGAAUUUAGUCUGCCAGUGGACUCCACGUCGAGGAUUGUGACUUUCACGCCAAGCCCCGAUGGGCCGAGACGUGUCCUGCUGGAUAAGACCACUGUGAAGGAUCCACGGUUCAAGUGGACCAGAGAUAAAACGUUGGUCCUGAAAGAAGUGACUCACAGCGAUCAGGGGCUUUAUGCCAACAAACUGUCCCUCGGAUUCACCUACGAGACUGUUCGUCUGAUUGUCUCAGAAUGCAUCAAGCCCUACCACAAGCACUAUGGGAAGAACUUUGAGCACAGCAUCCCUGAUAACAGCUCCGUGCUGGAGUUUUCUCCUCUGGGAGCUCCGCCCGAGGCCAUGCCGGUGGUACUGUGGAACCACACGGACCCCGAAACCGGCGAGGCAGGCCGGGGCCGCCUGCUGCGAGGGGGGAAGGUCUGGGUGGCGGAGAGGGUGACGCAAGCAGACCAAGGCAACUACACAGUGAGGAACGUCGACGGGAAGGUGCUUUCUCGCAGCACCCUCACCGUCCGUGAGCACUCCUUUAAUGUCACACGCUUCACCAGGGAGUCUUUAACCCUGCCCCUGUUUGUGCCCGUCCCUCACGCCCAUCUCAUUUUUACACCCUCCCGGCAUCCUGACGAAUCCUCCCUCGGCCCUUUCGACCCCAAGCCCCCGCGCGGCCCCGUGCAGCUCAUUCGUGAGGGUCAUAUAAUAGACCACGACAUUCGCUACAGGGGAAUCAUCUCCCUGGGCAAGAACGGCUCCGUCAAUGAGGUCGUCAUAGCCAGACUGACCUCCAGGCACAAUGGGCUGUAUGAAAUCAGAGACGGGAAGGGUAACCUGGUGUCCUCCACCUUCUUGCAGGUGAUCGACAAGAAGGGUACCUGGCGAGCACUUCUCAAGUCCAUCACCGUCCCCUCCGGCAUGUUUGUGACACUGGCUGGUUUCAUCCUGUUCUUGAAGCGCUACCCCAGCUGCAGCCUCUCACACGUGAUCCCUUGCCUCAGGACGAACCGCACGCCACCAGCCAACCCCCCGAGGGUCAACAUCCAGGGAUACAAUCAGCCCUGUCCUCAGCCCUCAGGCUACCACGGUCAGCAGCCCGGUACACCGAGAAAAUGGACCCCACAAGCCAGUCCUGCUCGCUCUAGUUACUCUCCUAUUAGGGUCGGGACGCCAAGAGCUGAGAACCAGGAAGCACACAGGCAGACAGCCGGUAGCUCCCCUCAUCAUAAUGUCGCCCCUGAGCGAGACCGAAGUAACGAGGAGGAGAACGAGAUUACCUUCUCUGUGGCGGGGGCUUCAGACUGCCUCCACUCCUCCGAGGACUGUGUUCAAUUCCAGAUCAAUAAAGUACGAAAUGGGCAAAGGUGGAGCAAAUCGCAAGAAUUAUUUGCCACGCUGCCACUGGACACGGACACCUCCGAAUCCUGCAGUGUUUACACAUCAAAGAAGCUGGACAUUUUAUAAAAGGGAAGUUGAAGUAAGAGAAGAGAGGUUUUUUUUUUUUUUUUCUGCGUGGGAUUAUGAAAUCUGUGCCUUUUGCACAGUUUUAAAAAGGUUGGGUAUCAAAAUCGCUUGCAAUGUGUUCACGUGUUUCUUCUGAAGCAGGAGUUGAGCAUUAAACUACCCAUCUUCUAUUACACUGGCUGAUGGUGCACCUGAAAUCUCCCGCUGUUACCUACCUCCACACCCUCAGGACCAAUAUGAUCUGCACUGUAUUUACUGAGUGUCUGUACGUUUGUGUGUGUAUUACUAUCUCUAGGGCUAAGAAUAAAUUAAAAUUGUAACACUAAGAUGAGGAAAGAGACUUUUUUAAAUACUGUACAGUAAUAUAGAGUUAAGUCUAUAUGCUCGUCCUUUUUGUUGACUAUUCCUAACUGCAACAAUAAGUAAUUAUCAUGUCAAAUGUCUGGCUGUUUUCUGAAUUUUACAGCUGUAGUGUAUUUCCCUUCUAAUUUUGUGACAUGUAACAUGUGUUAGUGGACUUUGUGUACAUUAUAAUAUCUUAUAAUCAUUUUUUCCCAUCAACAAAAGGCACAGGACUACUGUGUGUGAUUUGAAAAUGUGAUAUCUAAAAUAAUAAAAUGCAUCUUUAACAUGGA